AUGAGCAGACUCAAAUGGAAAAAUUUAGAAAAACCGCUUUCGGAACCAAUUCUGGAAGUAGUUCAGAAUGUUUUUAAGUUUAAAAUAAUGACGCCAGUACAGAGCGCAACGAUUCCGCUACUUUUAUCAUGUAAAGAUGUUGCUGUUGAAGCUGUAACUGGAUCGGGAAAAACUUUAGCUUUCAUCACUCCAAUGUUAGAACUUCUUCUCAAAAGACAUCGAAAUGAGUCAUGGCGAAAGAAUGAAGUUGGAUCAAUCGUCAUUUCUCCAACACGAGAGUUGGCGACACAAACGGGCGAAGUUCUUCAAAAAUUUCUCGAGAAUAAAAAUUUAAGUUUAUUCACACAGAAGCUUUUGGUAGGUGGAACAAGUGUCGAUGAUGAUGUGAAAAAUCUAGAAAAUGAUGGAGCUCAUAUUAUCAUUUGUACGCCGGGAAGAUUGUUGGAUUUAUUAGAACGAAAUGACAACUUAAAACUCGCUGGAAGAGUGAAGAGUUUGGAACUAUUAAUAUUCGAUGAAGCUGAUCGUCUACUAGAUUUAGGCUUUGAAGUCGCAAUCAACUCAAUUCUCAGUUAUUUACCUCGACAAAGACGAACCGGACUUUUCUCAGCUACACAAACGAAAGAGUUGUCUGACUUCUUUCGAGCUGGUCUCAGAAAUCCAAUAUCUGUAAAUGUUAAAGAGAAAGCAAAUGUCAACACUCCGAAAUUACUUAAAAACUUUUACAUGAUUGUGGAACCAGAACAGAAAUUAAACUUUCUUAUGAAAUUCAUUGAAGAUCGUGAGAUUAAGAAAGCUUUAAUUUUCCUUCCAACUUGUGCUUGUGUUGAAUAUUGGUCAAAAAUCUUUUCUAACCUUUUGGAUUCAUUAAAAAUUCUUUCAAUUCAUGGUAAAAUGAAAAAGAAACGCGGAGAAAUCCUCAAGAAAUUUCGGGAAUUUGCAAAUGUUUUUCUACUUUGCACCGAUGUGAUGGCAAGAGGUGUCGACAUAAAUGAGUUAGAUUGGGUGAUUCAAUGGGAUCCACCAUCAAAUGCUUCUGCUUUCGUUCAUCGUGUAGGAAGAACAGCGCGACAAGGUUCUGAAGGCAAUGCACUCAUCAUGUUGUUGCCAACUGAAGCUGCUUAUGUUGAGUUCCUAACGAAAAACCAAAAAGUAACAAUGGAAAAAGUUGAAGUUGAUGAAUCUUGGAGUGGAAAUCUUUCAUUUGUUAACUCUAAAAUUCACAAGCUUCAACAGAGCGACAAGAAUAUUUUUGAUAAAGCAACAACAGCUUUCGUGUCGCACGUUAAAGCUUACAGCAAACACGAUUGCAGUUUACUUUUAAGGGUUAAAGAUCUUGAUUUGGGAAAAGUUGCGACAUCUUAUGGACUCUUGCGACUUCCUAAAAUGCCUGAAAUGAAAGAAAAAUUCCACAAAACGUUUAUUGCUCCGGAAAACAAAGUUGACAUCAACAGUCUUGAAUACAAGAACAAGCAGAAGCAACAAGCAUAUCGUAAGAAGCAGGAAGUUUAUCAAAAAACUGGAGAAUGGCCUGGAAAGAAGAUCAUAACGAAGAAACAUGAAUCUUGGACAGACUCAAAGCAAAAACGAGAAUUUAAAAAAGAAAAUCGUAAGAAGCGGCAAGAAGUGAAAAAGUCAAUCAAUGAAAUGAAAGCCAGCGGAGUUUCAGUGAUUGCAAAGAAAAGAAAAAACCAAUACACAAAAGAUGAUCUCGAUGAGCUCGUCAAAGAUUUUGUUGCCAUCAAAAAGUUUAAAAAGAAUAAAAUUAGUAAAGAAGAAUUGGACCAUGAAAUUGGAUUUGACAGUGAAACUGAUCAAUGA